CUAAAUCUAUCUCCGCGAAACCAUGGAAGCAGCACUGGCUACAGCGGUUGCUACAGCAGGCAUCAAAAUCCUUGUCGAAAAGCUGAUGGACGUUUUGAAGAAAGAGUACUCAAGGUUGUUUCGAAGUCUCAAGGGAGAUCUCGAAAAUCUGCAGAAGACUUUGAGGAUGAUUGAAGCCUACUUGAGUGACGCUGAUAACAAGGCCAUCACCCAACAGCUUGUCAAGAUCUGGUUGAGUGAUCUUGAGGGUUUGGCUUUCGAUGCUGAUAAUGUCUUGGAUGAGCUCAACUAUCAUCUUCUCCGCAAAAAAAUCAAGAAAUCGAAGAUAUACGAGGUACCAGUCUCACCCAUUUAUCGCAUUUUACGAAAGCAUAAAAUGGCUCGUACCAUCAAAAAAAUCAAUGCGAAUUUUGAGUUUAUGACCAAAAGGGCAGCAGAUCUUGGCAUUCAUAACAUGGUUGCUAAUGCAACUGUUGCUGCUCCUGUUUCCUUUGAGACUGAUUCGUUCAGUCAAGAUCCAAUCUUUAUUGGAAGAGAUGAUGAUGUAACUAAACUAGUUAGCAUGCUCACACAGACCCAUCCAGAGGUAGAUAAACGGAAGUUCUCCAUUGUUGCUCUUGUGGGAAUGGGGGGUAUGGGGAAAACUACGUUGACUAGGGAAGUUUCUGAUCGUGAAAGCGUAAAGGAUCGAUUCGGAUCACCUAUUUGGGUUCAUGUUUCUCAAAUCUUUGAUCCCAUCAUUCUCUUCAAAAAAAUCCUUUCAGCAUUGCCUUCACAUGGUGGUGGUGAUGAAGGUCAUACUAAGGAAGCUACCCUAAGAAAGCUUCAAGAAGCUCUCCGGGAUAAAACAUAUCUUCUUGUUCUUGACUAUGUCUGGAAUGAAGAUGUUCCGAUGUGGGAUGACUUUAUGAACUCCAUGUCAGGAGUUACUUCCACAAUGGGAAAUGGCAUUAUCAUCACUACCAGAAGUCACAAGGUUGCUUCAGUUGUGAACCCACUUGAAUACACUUUGAGAGGCUUGUCAAAUGAUGAUUGUUGGUCCAUAAUUAAAGCAAAAGCUUUUGAUGGAAAUGAAGCUGUUUCACCAUAGUUUGAGAUUAUUGGAAAAGAGAUUGCAAAAGCAUGUCGAGGUUUGCCCUUAGCUGCCAAUGUAAUUGGUGGUGUGCUUCGACGAUAUAAGUCCGAAGAAGAGUGGCGCUCAAUCAGUGAAAAUUGUCUUUCAGAUGCUGAAGGUGCUGAAAGUAUCCAAAAGAUACUAAAAUUGAGCUUUGAUUAUUUGCCUUCACCAUCUCUCAAGAAGUGUUUUGCGUACUGUUCAAUUUUCCCUAAAGGUCGCUGGUUUAUGAAGCAGCAAGUAAUUGAGCAGUGGAUGGCAGAAGGUUUUCUUCAACCAUAUGAAAGAAAUGAGAUGGAAGAUGUGGGAAAUAAGUUUUUCAAUGUUCUUCUACACAACUCUUUGCUUCAAGAUUCAUGGCAAAAUGAGGAUAGAAAUGUGGAAGCUUAUUGGAUGCACGAUCUUGUGCAUGAUCUUGCAUCUUCUGUUUUAUCUUAUAAUAAUGCAAAUUGCAGCACCCUAGUUCGAUACAAGUAUGUCAAACAAGAAUCAAGUCAUAUUUCAAAAGAAGUGGCCAAGCAUUUGCGUACAUUAAUCUUGAAAGGUGGAACUUCUGGUAUUAAUUUCUCAGGCUUCCAGUGUCUUCAUAAUCUAACUAUUGGUAAAAGUUAUAAAGAGCAUUAAUUGCCCAAUUCAGUUAGGGAGUGUAUACAUUUGAGAAAUCUUGAUCUUUCAAAUACAUGUAUUAAAUGCUUGCCGGAGUGGAUUGGUGAACUCAGUCACUUGCAAACACUGAGAGCAUCGCAUGACUGGAAACAAAACCGGGAACAAAAACUGCCAAACACGUUGAAGUACUUGGUUAACUUAAGGCAUCUUUAUAUAGGAUAUUUUAUGGAGUUGCCUGCGGAGAUUGGGAGAUUAACUAGUCUCCAAACACUACCUUACUUCAACGUGGGCGAAGAGAAGGGGUAUCAUAUUGAAGAACUCGGAAAUUUGAAAAAUCUCAAAGGAGAAUUAACUAUUAGAAAUCUUGAGAGGGUGCGUGACAAGGAAGAGGCUCUGAAAGCCAAUAUAUUGCAGAAGCAACACUUAUCUUCAUUGCAGUUUGAAUGGGGACGGGAUUGUUCCGGUGAUAGAAAUGAUGAGAGUGUGUUAGAUGGCCUCCGGCCUCAUGCAAACUUGAAGGAGUUGAAGAUUAAAGGAUACGAAGGCGAAAAAUUUCCAACAUGGUUACAGGAUGAGGAAUGUGAGGAAAUAACCUUGAACCACUUUCCAAGUUUAAGGUCGUUCUAUCUAUGGGGAUUAAGGAGAUUGGAAUGUUUGUCAACGAGGUUUUUCUAUAACCAUUGCAACCUCUCACGCUUGGAGAUUAACAGAUGUGAUAUGUUGAGAGCAUUACCGGAUGGACUGGACACCCUCAAUUCUCUGAAGGUGUUGAGAAUAGUAUGGUGUAGAAAUCUGAAGUCCAUUGGGAAACCAAGGUGCAGAGAAGGAGAAAAUCGAGGAAUCCUCCGUCAGCUGAGCAUUAUAGACUAUGGAGAACUGAUGGAAUUGCCACGACAAAUGCUAGAGUUGUGGGCCCCUACAAUUGAGAGUAUUCAGUUGGUGGGAUUAAGGUGCUUAGCGAAUCUACCAAUGCUAUCAUAUCCUCGUCUCAGAAGAUUGAAAAUCUCAGGCGUUCCUCAUCUACCGUUGCUAAUGGACUGCCUUGCUAAAUCAUCUCCUCUUCUCACAGAUUUGACAAUCCGAGGCAUUCCUAAAUUGAUGUCUGCUGGAAUUGUUGAGAGUUGGGAUUUAGGUAGAUUGAAGAAUUUAAAUAUAGAUGUGAGUGUGGAGUGGUCAGAAGAGAGUAGUAUUGCCAUUAAUGAGACUGUGAAUGGCAUAUUGGAAGGCUGUUGCAACUCACUUACUCACUUAACAUUAAGAGGGGUGGAAAAUUGGAAGUGGCUGCCUCAAUCAAUUCAACGUCUCACUUCUCUUACUCGGUUGAAGUUAGAAAAUAUAGGGAUAGAAGAAUUGCCGCAAUGGUUUGGAAACCUCUCAGAUCUAAGAAUGUUAUGUCUGUAUGACUGCACAAAGUUGAGGUGCCUGCCCUCUGUGGAUGCAUUGAAGCCCCUUACUAAAUUAAAAGAGAUACAAUUUCCAGAUUGUCCAAAACUAAGUAUUGAUUCGGAACGGCGCAACCAUCCCAAUCUCCAUAUCGGAGAUACCCUCUAUAUUUUUGAUGAUAUAUCAUAUGGCAUUUCUGAGGUCGCCCGAACGGGCAAGGCAGCUCUGUUAUGGGAGUCGACUCCAAGUACACGCCUCCGUGGAUUCCUCGGUUUUUUAGCAACGAAGAUUUCAUUGUAGUUUGCAGAUUCAGUCAUCGUGCAAGCUCCCUAAACAGAGGUACAUCAUAACAAUCAAGUAUUUUGGAUGAAUGAAUGAAUUUGUUUAGCAUUUUUUUCAUGAUCAGAUUUCCGCCAUUUUUCGACGAUUUCGGUCGAUUUUCAUCAUUUUCUUCAUAAAUUCUGGUAAUUGUACUUCAAUUUAGCUUUAUUCAUGUUUAUUUUGCUUUCAUUUGUUAGUUUUACCCAAUUUUUUAAAUUAGGGCUUAUAGGAAAAAUGUUCCUAAUUGUUGUUUUUGGAAAAUGUUAUUGAUGCAGAAAUCAUGCAAGUAUUUGUGAGUUUGUAUUGGGGUGGUAGAGUAGUUCAACUACCCCAUAUGGGUAUUGGUUAUGAUCCACCUCGUGCGAGGAGCUCCAUCGUAUUAAAUUCGUGUGUUUCCUAUUCUGAAUUGGUUGCAAUGAUAUGUGAUGCGAUGAGAAUAGAUAUGAACCAACACACUAUUGAAUUAUUGUGGAGACAAUGUAUAAUCUUUGCUUCCGGUA